UUGAACCAAAGAGAUUUAGUUUCUUGGGCAUUAAUAAUCUUGAGAAAACCAUCACAAAUAAUUUUGUUUCUUGGUCCCACUACAUCUUUGUCUGCAUCGAUUGAUGAAGAGCAUGUUUGGCUCAGGAACAGCCCCAUGUUAUGCCAAUUGCCUUCCAAAGAGAGAGGGGAAAAAACCAAUGAAGAACCACCACCCUUCUAUGAAAAACGAGAGCUCCUACUGCUGGGAAUUCUAAACGAGAGCUGCCCCCUUUUUAAUUCAAAAUGGAAUUUUGCUGAAGGCAGCGAAUUCAAGUAUGUGAAGCAUAGGAUCGAUGCACUAGACAAGGAAAAAAUGAGUUACUCGUACACAUUGAUUGAAGGUGAUGCAUUGACGAACAUACUUGAGUCGAUUUCUUAUGAGAUAAAGAUCGAAUCCACUCCCGAGGGAGGAUCCAAGGGUAAAAAUUCUAGCACAUACCACACUAAACCAGGUGUCGAAAUUAAAGAAGAGGAUAUUAAGGCUGGUAAAGAGAAGGCCGCUGGUGUGUUCAAGGCUGUGGAAGCUUACCUCUUGGCAAAUCCUGAUGCCUAUGUUAAUUAGUGGUGCCUUGUGACAAUUAUGGCAAAUAUCCUUUCAAUCUGUGGGCUUUUAGCUUAUCUUAUUUGUUCCCCAAGCCAGAAUUAUACAUUCUUGGCUGGAUGAUGAAUGUUUCCGAUUAUAAAAUGAAUAAUUUGUUUUCAUCUA